AUGAAAUUAUUCCUGAAAUUUUUUAUUUUUAUGCUUUCUCCGUAUUCUCUACCAUUUUUUCCUAAUAUUAAGGCUCAUUGUGCACAAUGUGGUAAAGCUCUCAACGUUUUUCAAACCUCCACUGUGCGUAUAAGUCGACCAUUAGCUUGUGAUGGAACUGAUGAAGGAAUACAAGCAGAGCGGAAAUCAGAAUCGAAUAAAUUGCUCGUUGGGCCAAAGGGGGGGGGAGGGCCCGGUGCAAAAAACACUUUGUGUGGAGUGAUUGCAGCGCCAUAUUCCAAAAACAUAGAAGGGAAGAAAACAGACCAAAUGAAAAAUGCGAUGAGAAAAUCACCUCCAAUGAGUAAUUUAAAAGUAUCACCUAUCAAAAAUAUGGAAGGGAAGAAAACAAAUCAAAUGAAAAAUGAGAUUAGAAAAUCACCACACAAAAGUGACCUCACAGAAAAACAGACACAAGAAGAUGAGGCAGGAGGAAAGUCUUGCAAACGGAAAGCAGUUUUUAAAGAAUUGUCAAAGAAUGAAAAAGGAAAUAGAGACCUGCUGUACUAUGCACUAGUUUUCUCAAUUCCUUCUUCAGUAGUUCUCCUUCUUACAGCCCUGAUUACGUAUACAGUAGUUACUACUGUAAGUAAGGCCACAACAUCGGGUAUCAUAAUGGCCUCGAUAAUCCCAAUAAUUGUAGGACUUGGCUAUAUGGGCUCAGCUUUUCCAUAUUGGCGUUGGAAAAAGGAGGAGAAAGAAAAAGAAAAAAAAAAAAAGGAAAAAGAAAAAGAAAAAGAAAAAGAAAAGGAAAAAGAGAAGGAAAAGGAAAAGGAAAAAACAGUGACUCCCAUAAAAAGUACGGAAGUGCAGAGUACUAACGAAGGAAAUACUGAAGCAGCCAAUGUACUACCGAAGAAGGGAGAAAAACAUGAAUAA